AUGGGGAGAAAUCUAGGUUCAGCGUUUAGACAAGAGUUGGCUAAUCUCGACAAAGAUCCAGAUGCUAACAAGACUGCAAUGAGUAACUUGAGAACUAUUGUGAAAGAUUUGAAUGCAAAAGUGAUACAUGUGUUUCUUGCUCAAGUCUCUGAGACCAAAGAGAUUGGUUCUGAGUCCGGUGGCUACACGGUUUCUCUCUUUGAAGACCUUGCUCGUGCUCAUGGCGUAAAAGUUGCUCCACAUGUGGAAAUGAUCAUGCCGGUUAUCAUAAGGACGUUGAGCUCUUGUGAUGGGUCCUUAGGUGUUCAACAGGCUUGCUCAAAGGCUGUAGCUGCUAUGGCUAGAUAUGGGAUUGAUCCUGCAACACCUGAAGAUAAGAAAAGGAAUGUGAUUCAUUCUCUUUGCAAGCCGCUCUCUGACGCUCUUCUUGAUACACAGCAUGAACAGCAUCUUGCUUUGGGGUCUGCUCUUUGCUUGAAGUCACUUGUGGAUUGUGAUAACUGGCGUUUUGCUUCUAGUGAGAUGGUUAAUAGUGUUUGUCAAAGCUUAGCUGUUGCUCUUGAAGCCACUUCUAGUGAAGCAAAGUCUCAUAUGGCGCUUGUCAUUGCUCUGGCUAAGCAUAAUCCUUUUAUAGUUGAGGCGUAUGCUAGGCUUUUGGUGAAGUCUGGUUUGAGGAUUCUUGAUUUGGGUGUUGUUGAGGGAGAUUCUCAGAAACGGCUUUUAGCUGUGCAGAUGCUCAACUUUCUGAUGAAGUAUUUGAAUCCCAAGAGUAUUUGCUCUGAGGUAGAGGUUAUAUUCAAAGAGAUGGAGAAACAUUUGAAAGAUGAGAUGUAUUUUGUUAGAAUGGCAGCUUAUGAAACCAUGAGUACAGCAGAGAGAUUAAUAGGAGAGGCAGAUCCAAUGUUUGAUGCAGAGAAGAAAUGCAAGACUGGAGUCUCGCUAAGUGGAUCAAUGAAGUCUACACCAAGUCUGAGAGGACAUAACAUGAGUUAUGUUAAUGAUCAAGAAGAUGAAGAUGUUUUGUUUUCCGGUAUAGCCAGUGGAAGAACUGGUGUCUCAGGCUCUCCUUUGGUUUAUUACGCUGACUAUAACCAAGAAAUUGGUUCUGUGCAUGAGAGUCCAAGAUAUGGAAACCAGAUUCAGUUUUCUGGUGUUGAAGGUUAUGACAUGGAGUCAGUUAUGUUCCAUCAGAGGAACAGAAGCUCUGAUUUUAAUGAAUCAGUGUGCUCUCGGAGCAAUCGCUCAAGAAGUUCAAGAAGAAGCCAGAAGAAGAGACAAUCAGGAGACAUGUGUUCACAACAUCACAGGCACGGUUUUGCACAAGAUCCAUUCACUGAGCUAGUGGAGAACAGACAGCAGAUGCAACAGUACAGUGAAAGCUCUUCUUCAUCAUCAAUAUAUGAUACAUCUGGUACUACUAAUACUACUCCAACGGAAGAUAUCUGUGAGAAGCCGAAGUCAGAGUUGGAUUCUGAGGCCAAAGUUAUGACAGGAGAGACUGAAACAGUCUCAAUCUCAAAAGGGGGCAGGAGCAAGCGUGUGUUAAGAUGGGGAUUUAGUUUCUUCUCUAUUGCUGUUGCAGGGUUUGCUAUGUGGGUGCAUCUGAAUGAUGAUGUAAUGAUGCCUCCUCACCUUGUUCCUACUUAAAGCCUAAGGGAUGAACAUAAAAAAGCAGCUUAGAACAUAGAGCUUAGGUUGUUCAACUUGUACGUUUUCUUGUUUUCUUUUGUUAAAUGUGUGACAGAUCUUUGUUCAAAUACUCGUUUGUUUU